AUGUCGCUCUCUCUUCGACCCGCUCUGGAAAACGUCACUUCUGUCGACAGGGUCCUGGAAGACCUCCUCGUACGUUUCAUCAUCAAUUGUCCACCAGAGGACCUUUCCUCCGUGGAAAGAGAACUGUUCCAUUUUGAAGAAGCAUCAUGGUUCUACACGGAUUUCAUCAAGUUAAUGAACCCGACACUACCCAAUUUGAAAAUCAAAUCAUUCGCCACUAGGAUAAUCAAACUGUGUCCCCUGAUUUGGAAAUGGGAUAUCAAGGCGGAUGAAGCCAUGCAGAAAUUUUCCAAAUACAAGAAAUCCAUCCCCGUGAGGGGGGCGGCCAUAUUUAAUGAUAAAUUGAAUAAGAUAUUGCUGGUGCAAGGAACAGAAUCCGAUUCCUGGUCUUUCCCCCGAGGGAAGAUCUCGAAGGAUGAAGAUGAUGUUAUGUGCUGUAUUAGAGAAGUGAAGGAGGAAAUUGGGUUCGAUUUGACGGAUUAUAUCGAUGAGAAUCAAUUCAUUGAAAGAAAUAUUCAAGGAAAGAAUUAUAAGAUUUUCUUGGUCAGUGGUGUUUCAGAGGAAUUUCAAUUUAAACCACAAGUGAGAAAUGAAAUUGAAAAAAUUGAAUGGAGAGAUUUUAAAAAAAUGUCAAAGACAAUGUACAAGUCAAAUGUUAAAUAUUAUUUGAUUAAUUCCAUGAUGAGACCACUAUCCAUGUGGAUUAAACAUCAAAAGCAAAUUAAGAAUGAUGAUCAAUUGAAACAAUACGCCGAGGAACAAUUGAAAUUAUUAUUGGGUAUCACUAAGGGUGAACAAGUGGAUCCAGGAAGAGAAUUAUUAAAUAUGUUACAUUCUGCUGUGCAUAUGGAUGAAGCCACUCAACAACAGCAACAACAACCUUUGUCUGCAUCAUCAACAGUAAAUAAUAACGCACCAAUGACAACAACAACAACACCUCAAACACAAACACCAUUACCAAUUCAUCCAAACGCAUUAUUAUACCCUCCUGUAUUUAAUAACAUGGCUUUCCAACCAUUCGCUCCCUUCCCAUUCGUCAACGGCAAUAAUCAAUUCAUGAUACCACAACCAAAUAUUCCCCUCCCUCAACCAUUAAUACCACCUCAUCCACAUCUACCAUCUGCCACUCCAAAUAUUGGUGCCUUGUCGAAACCAACUUUGAUAAAUAAUCAUGAAUUAAACAUGAAUAAUAAUAAUAAUAAUAGUGGUAAGCAAUUAUUAGAUAUAUUACAUUCAAACCAACAGGAAAGGAAAAAAUCAAAUAGUUCACAAUUAUUAGAUAUUUUAAAGAAACCUUCCAAUGCCAAACAGAAUGAGCCAUCUCUACUAGACGUCUUAAAGAAACCAAGUCACCAAUAUACAACAAUUAACAGCAAUGAGGAAGACGAAAACGACAACGACGAAGAAUCAUAUGAAGUAUUCGAAAGUAGUUCCGAGGAUGGUGGUGAUGACGAUGAUGAGGGAUUUCAAGAUGCUCACGAUGUCAUUGAUAAUCAUAAUGAAAAUACCAAUUUUAAACCUCCACAUCUUGAUAAUUUACAUUACAUGACUAAUAACGUCAAGAUUGAACACGUUUCAUUAAAGAAACAAAAGGAUAUCAAAUCAUUAAGAAAUAACACUACAAAUGAUCAAGAAGAUUACUCUUCUUCCCUUUCCAAUUCUGAUUCAGAAUCACAAGAAAUUGAAGAACAAAAAUUAAAGGAAAUUGGUAAAGAAGAAAAUCCUCCAUUGGAAAUCUCAUCCAAUGAUGUAAUUAUAGAAAAUGCAUUCCAUGAUGGUGAUAUUCCUCAUAUGGAUAAUAAAGACGAAAGUGUUAAAUCAAUGAAUAGUUCCAUGAUGAAGGAAAAUGUAAAGAAACCAAAAUUUAAAAUCUUGAAACGUGGUGAAAAUAUAAGUGAUAUUAAAUUAGAUAAUAAUGAACCCACCAUUGCUGAAGAACCAACAACUAACACGGAUUCUAAAACUUUACUAAACAUGUUAAAGACCCCCAAGGAACCGGAAGCACCAUCAUCUGUUCUUUUAAAUAUUUUGAAAAAACCAACUGAAGAACAAAACGAUAAUGCCAAGGAUUCUAAUAUAUUACUCAACAUGUUGAAAAAGCCAAGCACAUCACCCCCUGUGGCAAAUGAGGAACACACUCAAAAUUCAUCAACCGUGCUAUUAAACAUGCUAAAGAAACAAUCACCAGAGUCAAACACAGACGCCAAGGGCAGUGAAGAACUAAUGGACAUGUUAAAGCAUCCUCAUAAUGGGCACAUGGAACAAAAAGUUUCACCGGAAUUAUUGAACGCAGAUAGAAGAAGUUCCACUUUAAGUCCCUUCUCAAUGGAACAAUCCACUAGUAUAAACACUCCUAAUCUUGGAAACACAAUGCAAAAUACCAUCCCAGAAAAUUUAUACGAUAACCAGAACAGGGCACAAUAUUCCACUGCAUCUAAUGAGUUACUAAGCAUGUUACAUAAGAAACCUAGUAAUGAACAACAGCAAGCCAACCCUGAAUCCGGAUUGAUUGAUUCAUUCCCAUCAAACUCACACAUUCAAAAUAAUUUUAGUGCAUCCAAUGAACUACUAAAUAUCUUGCAUAAGAGAGCUUGA